AUGUCCAUGGGACUCUACGAAGAGUAUCAGAAGUUCCGUGCCGGCAACGCGCAGUGGCGCCGGGGUCUGGCCGGCGGCGCACGGGGAGAACUCACCGCCGAGGCCCUCUCCACGGAGGAGCGCAGGACCAGGACGUUCAUUCAAUCCUUUUUCCCUUCUUUCGAAGCUUGGCACUGGCGCCGAACAGCUUCCUACUGGAUCGCCAUUUUCUUCACGGAGGGGUCACUGCUUUUCGUGCUGGGAAGCUGCUUCGGCUACGCCGGGGACAGCGGAUGGCGGGCCAGCAGCAGUGCACACGUCAACGCACACCUUGUGAAGGCGCUGAGCGUUUGGCCUUCCCUCUUUGGCUCCGUUUUCUUCAGCUGCGGGGCGAUUCUCAUGUGCCUGGAGACCAUGAAUGUCAUGCGCCCGGUUGGCUCCUGGACCUUCCGGAUCUUUAGCUUCAAGUCGAUUUUCGCAUACUUGGACAGCUGCAACACAAUGAAUCACGAAAUUACCAGAGUGCCGUACUUGGCAUCCAUGUCCUACUUUGUCGGCACCUGUAUCUACCCCAUUGCCGUGAUCGCGAACUUAUAUCAGCACCUGAAUCCGGACAUGGAGCUGCUCUUCUCGACGAUCCCUUACGCGGCAGGAGGCAUCUGCUUCGGGGCCGGAGGGUUCCUGGAGUGCAUGGAGAACAAGGUAUUCUCCACCUGGGAUGUGACCCUUCCGAAGACAGCUGCGCUGAUGAACUUCAUAGGCGGACUCUUGUUCGCUGUCGGCGGGUUCGUCUUGUUCUGGCCCCACCAGGGGGCGCAGAGCAACUUACUCUUCGCGGUUGGGUCGGUCCUUUACACUGUGGCGAGCAGCCUCUCAGUGAUUAUGUGGAAGGUGGGCAACUUUGGAAGCUGGUUCCGCGUCUUCACCCCCGGCUUUGCGCACACCCUCUUCAUGUGCGAGGACCCCGAGGUCAGCACGACUCAGAUCCAUGUCGCCAGCUUUUGGGAUGAAGAGUUCGACUACACGGACACUGUGCGAUGGCAGAAGCGCAUCCUGCGCUGCACUCCAGCCCUCGGCCCGUAUGCUGGCAAAGAACAGCGCUUCGAGUGUGACGAGCACCCGGAUCAGGUGAAAUGGUGCGGACGGAGCCUCUCUUGCGAGCGAUGCGGGCCGGGCGAGGAGGGCCGCACGCGCCUGGUGCGGAGCUGCCUAAAGCUGCUGCUGGGCCAAGAGGGCGCCCAGGGGCGCGCUGCCCCGGAGGCGCUGGCGCGGGCCGCUCUGCUCCCCGGCGCCGAAGGCAUCGCCCGAGGCCUCGGUUGGCGGGAAGCCGGCCUGAAGCAAGCAGCCGGUCGAGUGCAAGGAUUCCUGACCGGUCACAUCCAUGUGGAGGUGCAAAGCCUCGAGGGUGCCACCGUGCAGUUCCAGCUCCCUGAAAAUGCAAGCUGCGCCGAGCUUUACCAUGCCACUGCCGCCGCCUUCUUUCAGGCCGGACACAUGCAGACUCGGGAAAAUUUCGUGUUGUCCACAAGGGAUGGCUCGGCAGUCUUAGAUGUCUCGCCGAACGUGGAGAUGGAUCAGCCCGCAUUGAGGAGUGCGCCGGAAGGCCGGCAGUUUCUGAGCGACUUGAGACAAAUCGCGCAAGACGCCACCAAACCGGAGGACUCUGACUUCCCAUCCUCUGUAACUGUAACAGUCAUUGUGCAUGAUCUUUCCGGGGCACUUCUGGCCGAGAUGAGAUUGCCCGGCGAUUCGGAGGCAGCGGACUGCAAAGCCAAGCUUCGUAAACUGCUCUCGCGUCACGAGCCGGACGAGUGUAUGCAUCUGGUGACGGAGAAUGGCCAGCAUUGGGAGGAUGCAGAGAUCCUGGCACCCUUGCUAGACCUGGGCCAGGCAAAGACGGCUCGCUUGACGCUCGUUUGGGCCUCGGCCUUCCAAUACGUCGUCGUACCCCUUGAGAGCGAGGCUCGUGUUCUCGCUGGGCGCGGGGUCUUCCGUUCACCAGCGGAGCUACCAGCGCGAGAGCCCGGCGUGAGCCGUGUGGGCUUCGCUCUAAAGCGUGGCACGGGCCCCGACGCAGGCGAUCGCGAUCGAUGCCGGGGAGCCCAGAAGCUUCGGGGUGUGCGAGCAGGACACGGCAUUGCAGGGCCGGCGGAUGUGCGGAGGCUGCUGGAGGCCCUUCCCGAGCUGGACGACGAUGAUGCCGCAAAGCCGGGCGCUGCACUGCACGUCUUCGAACUGGGCCCAGACGUGGUGCGGAUGGUAGCAAACCUCACUUCGGACGGGAAUCAGGUGGGUGGCUCCUACUACCAAGUCGUGGUCCCUGCCCAGGCCAGUAGCUGCCUCCUUCGGUCCUUCCUGGCAGAGUGCCUCUGCCACUCUUCUGGGACAUCGAGCCGCCUCGCCAUCUUCGGGGAGAAGUUCGAGGCCGACGAGCAGUUCGGUCUGGCGUACCUAGCCGCGCUCAACCACAUGGGCGGUCAGGCCCGAGGCACUUCCUUCAUUGCUGGCAACACGCCGCCGGAGUCCCGCACCUUUUCGGUACGCGGCAUUGUCUUCAUUCACCUCUACUGCAUCGUCUCCGUUGUCGCCGUCAUGAACUUUUGCUUGGCGCUCAACCACUUCAUGGCGUUGCCGGCCGUAGACACCUUGGCCCGUGCGGGGAAUGAAUUCCUGCCCUUCCUGUGGCUGCACAUCGUCCUGCUCAUCCAUUCUGCAGUCGUCAAGACGCCGAAGACACAGCCCUUCCAUGCGGUGCUCAUGGCCAUGCGAUGUGUUACCGUCGUCAUCAUGGUCAUGGCCGUGGCAACGUUCGUGGCAGGUCUCAUGCACCCGCCGCCGCCUCCGCUAGACCCAUUGGACGCUCCGCGGCUACGUGCUCCCUGGAAUCGAUUCUUUGACGUGAACAGGCAGGCAUCUGGCUUGCAGACGCCUGCCCAGCAAAAAGAGAUCUUCUUGAAGGUGGUAGCACUUUGCCAGCUUCCUCCGUAUGCAGCCAUGAGCCGUCUGAGCCGUGUACUGCUCCUUCUGAUUUUCCAGGGAGCGGUCGGAAAGCCUCGGAAGCUGUUUGAGAUCGGCUCCAAUGACAAGGAGGUGGGCCUGGACCCUUUCUACGAGGGCAACAUGGAGCCCUGGGGUGCCGUGUGCGUCGGCUACGUGAAGCAGGACUCACCGAAUCAUCGGCUGCUGCAGAAGCUGGGGGCCAACACUGCAGAAGAUGCGGAACUCUGGGACCUGCAGAUUCCCAUGGCUGCCGUUAUCGACUGGGAAGAGGAGGAAUCCUUGCAGAUCGUCAGGCGGAACUAUGCCGCCAGGCUCUGGGAGAUGUUGGAGCAGCCCCCCAUGGAUGCCGAGCCGGUUAUCUUCGCAGGGAAGAGCGGGAAGAAGUGGAAGGAGAAGGAGGUUCGAGCCUGGCUACUGGAAAAUGCAUUCCCGACCAUCAACUACAGGGUAGCAGGCUACCAGGGAAAGCAGAACCCCUUCCCCUUCGACAAGUACUUCGGCAAGUCAAACACUGGCGGCGUCGGCCUUGUCCUGGUGAAGAUCAAGGACAUCAACGACUUUGGUCCCCAAUUUCGUGCGGUUCGCUACCUCCGACCGCACAUGGAGAAGUUGAGAGGCAGGAUCCGCUUUGCCGUGGUCGAAAAGACGGCAAAGACGCUCGAGAUGAGGCGGGCUCUCAAAGUCGGGCUCAACGAGAGUCUCGAGAGCGAGCUCAUCCUCUUCAGCGACCUCGAGGGCUUGGGGGAUCGGCCCGUGGGGAACCACUGGCAUGGAAACCCUCACAAGUACCGGCUCACCGACCUGAGCGAGGAGUCUGUGAACGCCUUCUUUGAGGCGUACUAUGCCGGGAAGCUGCCAACUUACUGGGCGUCCCUGGACGAAGACCGCAAGGCACCCGAGGAUGGCGAGUUGGCAAGCUUCACGUUUGACGAGCAGGUUUUCAAAGCUCCGAAGAGAACGGGGACCUUGGUCGCCUUCUUCAACGAUGCCAGCGUGGGCUGUGCCGACUGCGCGCGGGGCCGCGAGGCCUCCCCAGAUUGUCGCCCAAAACUCCUGCAGCACGACACCCAAAUCUGGAAGAAGCGCUUGCCGAGGUCGUCGAGCCUCUUGCAACUCGUCCGUUCUUACAUUGCUCUGCUUAACCGCAGACCUGUGUGGCUUUGGCUGAAGCGCCCCGGGAACAGGUUCGACUUGCGUAGGCCCAAAGACCAAAAAAGGAUCCCAGCAGUGAUCAUGGCUGCCGCGGCUGUGGAGGGGCAGUGGCUCAUCAAGCUGGAGGCCGGCUGGAGCGCCUGGAUCGUGGGAGAGCCCUGGUCGGAAUCUGCAGAAACCGAGCAGAAGUUCCAUGGACCCACUGAUCAGCCGUUCCGAUACAUGUUCGGCAAGACGGAGUUCCAGGUGGAGUUUCAGAGCGAGACCGAAGGCACUUCCAUGAAUCUCUCCACUGGCAAGGCCCGCCCCCUGUGCUUUGUACCAAAGGGCCAGGCACCACCUAUGGAGGAGGGUGAGGAAGUGCCGGAGCCCCAGGCUCCGAUGGAGUCGGACAGGCCCAUGCAAGCCACGAAGGCCGACAGCAACUUGCCCACCUGCUGCUACCUCGCGACCAACAACACGGCAUCCUAUGAAGGUGAGUACCAGUGGCUCAUUGAGUUGGAGAAGGGUUGGAGUCCAUGGAUGCCAGGCAACGAGCCCUUCGAUGGCAGGACGGAUGAGCCCUUGCGGUACACUUUGGGCAGAUACGACUUCGAAGUGCACUUUGAGGAUGAGAGCCAUGGCACGCAGACGAACCUCACCAGUGGAAAGGUGCGUCGCAUUCAACGUCUGCGAAAAGGAGAGCCAAUGCCCGCCUGGGAAGGCACGGGCAUCAGGCGGCGACCAGCAAACGGGACCGGAGCUGGCGACGUCGGCCUGGCACCCGCGGAAUCUGCAGCCAUGGCUGCGCAGUCCAACCGGGCAGUUAGACGCACUGGUGGAUAUCAGGCAGCGGCAAGCACGCAGAAGUUUGCCCUCCGCACAUCCAAGCCUGCAGCAGCUGCAAGGCCACAGGUGUCUGAGGCUGCCCACAAGGCAACUUCCGCCGCUUCCGCUCCCCGAAGUCCCCCGCGAAGUCCCGCAGGAGCCGCGGCGCCAGCUUUGGGCCCGAACGGCACCGUCCCCCGCUUCAUGCGGCCACUGAAGUCCAAAGCUUGA